AUGUUACCCCCAUUCGAUUACUUCGCCUACAGGCGUCUACGAGCUCAAAAACAAAAAGAGCGCAAACUCCGCUUCACAACCGGUUUGCCGCACUACUACCACCAACGCAUCGGAGCAGCAGAUAAGAAGAUCAUCAACCAGCCCAUCGAACAACUCGUUCACGAUGUGCAGGACUCCACUAUCUCCGCUCUUGAUGUGUUGCGCACCUAUGGCAAAGUCGCCGUGAAGGCUCAGAAGGAGUCGAACUGUAUUACUGAGCUGCUGCUCCCCGAGGCGGAGUCUUGGCUGGAGAAUGAUGUUAACCUCAAGGGUCCUCUUGCUGGAAUCCCUGUUUCUCUCAAGGAUUCUAUUCAUGUUAAGGGCUUUGAUGCUUCGGUUGGGUAUGCUGCUAUGGCAGGUAAGCCCAUUCUGGAAGAUGGGCCUAUGGUCAAGUUGUUGAAGGAUGCUGGUGCCGUGCCAUAUGCUAAGACUGCUCUGCCAAUUACUUUGCUCUCUUUUGAGUCGACUAAUGGACUCUGGGGUGUAUGCCGGAACCCGCAUUCCCCAGGUUACUCGCCUGGUGGCUCAACCGGUGGAGAGGCAGCUCUGUUGGCCCACGGUGGCCGCAUCGGUAUUGGAUCUGAUGUUGCUGGUUCCGUUCGUGUUCCUGCUGCCUGGAGUGGUAUCUAUUCCCUGCGCUGCAGUACCGGCCGUUGGCCCAAGGGCGGCGUGAGCACCAGUAUGCCCGGCCAAGAAGGCAUCCCCAGUGUCUUCAGUCCCAUGGCUCGUACCCUGGAUGAUCUCAAUUACUUCACCCGUUCCAUUAUUGGCAUGGAGCCUUGGAAGUAUGACCACACUGUUCACCCCAUUGCCUGGCGCGAUGAUCUCGAGGCUCAAGCUCAGAGCAAGGUUCUCCGUAUUGGUCUAAUGACCUCUGAUGGCGUCGUCCCCCCUACACCAGCCAUUGAACGCGCCCUCUCCACUACUGUUGCAGCUCUCACCGCAGCAGGCCACACGGUAGCAGAGAUCACCACUCCGCCAACAGCAGACCCCUUCACAGGCCUGAACCUCGCGUCGCAGCUCCUCAACUCAGACGGCUGCCACCACUUCAACGCCCCACUGAAGAGUUUCGAGCCCUCAGACCCAGGCGCCAUCCAACUCUCCCGCAUCGCACACCUCCCCAGCCCCCUGCGCUACCUCUACUACCUCUACGUCCGCUACAUCCGCCGCGACGCAGUCUCAGCAGCCCUGAUCCGAAACUUCGGUCCCAAGUCCUCCGCCCAGCUCUGGACUCUAACAGCUCAGCGCGAAGCCUUCCGCGCAACCUGGCAUAAAUGGUGGGACGCAGAGACCCAGCAAUUCGACUUCAUCCUCUGCCCGGUCAACGCGACCCCCGCUCUGCCCCAUAACGCCAUGCACGAUGCCGUAUCUUCUUGCGGUUACACUUUCCUUUGGAAUUUGCUUGAUUACUCUGCCGGCGUUCUCCCCGUUGGUCACGUAGACGCUACCCGCGACGCCCUCGUCACGCCUUAUAAGACGGCGCUUAAGCGUCUAGGCGCUGAUCACGGUAUUGCCCGUGGCGCGUGGAAACACUACGACUCCGCUAAGAUGGCCGGUCUACCUACUGCCGUGCAGGUUGUCGGUCGGCGCUGGCAGGAGGAGUCGGUGCUGGGAUACAUGGCUAUCGUGGAGAGGGCCUUGGACGCGUACCGCGACCCGCAGACUGGACUGGGCUGCAGAUAUACCCUGCUCGAGGUGGAUUAA